CUCAGAACUGCAAGACGCUGAUAUUGCAUUACGGUGUAGCAAAAUGGCGGCUGUCAGUCAGAACCCACUAAAAGCGUUGGGUGAUAAGUUCUACAAGGAUGCCAUUGAGCAGUGCCGCAGCUACAAUGCCCGCCUAUGUGCUGAGCGCAGUGUGCGCCUGCCCUUCUUGGACUCCCAGACUGGCGUGGCACAGAACAACUGCUACAUCUGGAUGGAGCGCCACCACCGCAGCCCUGGGGUGGCUGCAGGUCAGAUGUACACAUACCCCGCCCGCUGCUGGAGGAAGAAGAGGCGGCUGCACACCUCCAUGGACCCUCCGUUGCGCCUCUGUGGCCUCCAGCUAGAUGGAGGACUCACAGGCAAGGAUGUGAUUCCCACACAGGGCACCACGCUGGAGGCUCUUCUCAGAGGGGAGGGCUUAGACCAGAGGAACAACUCAAAGGACGAGGAGAGCCUCCUAGAGAUCCAGAGGGUCUUGGAGGCUGAUGCAGCUGAAGAUGCUUACCAUGACGAUGAGGACUAUGAAGUGGACACCCCAAAAAAAAGACACAGAGGAAAAGGCAGAGGUCGGGGUUCAGGCCGCAGGAGGACAGAGAUGGAUGACCAGGACAAGCCAUACAGUUGUGACAUCUGUGGGAAGCGCUACAGGAAACGUACAGGGCUGAGUUACCACUACACCCAUUCCCACCUGGCAGAGGAGAGGGGGUCCGAGUCCUCCCGAUCACCCUCCACACAGCGCUCUGACCGACACAAACGUCAGAAGGUUCCAGGAGGGACUGCCAUUACCAAUAACUACUGCAACUCGUGCCAGUGCACCCCAGGCUCCAACAAGCAGAGGGGUAAAUCUGGGGAGAGGGGUCCCUGCUCAGUCUGCCGGCGCUCCACUGGACGCCCAGAAGAGGAGGAGGACAGCAGGCCGUUUGCCGGGGCAGAGGAACUGUUUGGCACCACCUCGGAGAGUGACACGUCCACAUUUCACGGCUUUGAGGACGAUGAGCUUGAAGAGCCCUCAUCAAACGGCAAGGGGAUGUCCAACCAAUACAGAUAGAGAAGAACUUUCUAGGUUUAAAGACUAUUUUUAAUAUGGAUAACCUCUGGCAAAAGUCUGCUGCUUCUUUUUAAAUGUUCUUAUUUAAAGUGAUUAUUUCAGGAGAGAAAUGAAAGAAGUGUUAAUUUGUUAUCUACGGAACCUUGUUUAAUAAUUUAUGAACGUGUUUUUUUACAUUCACUUUGAAAGCAACUGACAGUGUUUCUUGACAAAUGACUUGCUCCCCAUGUGAAAUGGAAAGAAGAAGAAUUUCUUGGAUUGUUUUUCCACUGGAGCAGAAAAGGCAAUUAUGUUAUGAAAAAACACUGGAACGUGUGGAUAUAAUUUUUAUGAUAUUUUUGGGAUGAUUUGCCAGAGAAAAUAUAAUCCAAUAAUUUAUCUGAAAUUAAAUGAGUUAAAUGACAAUGUCUGGAUGAAGAAUGAAUGUCAACACAAACCCUUCCCUCGGCUUGUUGAUGUCACUAGAAUCACCAGGCAGUUUGGAAAGAGGAGCUUUUAGAUGACACUUCCACUGCUUCCUCCUCUGGAUUAUAAUAAUGUGAAAAUGGAGUGAAGUAAAGGAAUGAAGGAUUGAUGUGUGGAUUAAACAGAGGGCUAUACCAGAAGCAGGGCAUGGCUAGCUGAAAGGUAUGCACCUAGGUCCUAUUCAAACAUAGUAGUACAGUACUUUUUCAUUUAAAUACAAGGUAUAUUCUUAUUCUAUCAGUUCAUGCCUUGCAUUUGCCAUCAACAAACAAAGAUAUGCCAGCUAUCUUGGAGAGAGUGACUCCACAAUCUGACCCAUUUGUCUCUGUUGUAGGGGUGAGGUUCAGGACCCUCAACUGGCCUCCACACACCCCUCCACUGGACCCAAAGACCCUAUCCGGCUGACAGUCAGCCACCAAACAGCCAUCCAUCUAACAGCUAUCCUGCCAGCGACCACAUAACCCCAUACUCCCUGACUCAGACCUUUUCUGUUUUUGAAGCAAUUUCUCCCGAGAAUAUGUAUUGUUUGGACCCUGUGGCCUCCUCCUCUACAGCUGUGUGGCCACCAUGCCCAGCCGGCGGGAUCCAAUGUGACACAGACGUCAUUAAUUUCAUCACUGUGCCAGCCUGCGACCCAGGCGAGAAACCAGCUCUGACAGCCAUGAUGUCCCAGUGACCUCACUGGAAACACCCUUGAACUCUAACCUCUGCCCCUGUCAUAGCAGCGGUGCUGGACUUCCUCCGUCACUUAUAUAACAAAACCUCUGGACUACUUAGACUCUCUCUUACUCUCUUUAAUAUGUCUCUUGAACGGGCCAAACGAUUCUAGAGUUUUCUUUAAUCCCUUCCAUCCUGAAGUUUGAAUUGUGCUAUAUACCUUUUGUUUUGAACAAAGUAUUGACAGAUUGGGUUGUUAGUGUCAUUUUGGUGAGAGGUGGAUUUUUUAUUAUUCUGAUGUAUUCUGUUUGUUCUGGCUUUGUUGAUACCUCUGUCUUUCUACAAUACCUACUACUACUCAGGCGUAUGAUUUGUACUGCUGUUGAUUGUUCUUCUCUCUGCGUCAUGAUGCAUUGUCAAGCCACUGUCCCCUGCCUGGCUCAUGUGAUUGUAUUCCAUUGGUCAAGAGGUUGAAAAUACCUAAUGAGGAUGUUAACAAGGAAUCAGAAAGGGGAAUAUAAUGGAAUCGAUGCCCCAUGGUUUAGUCAUCACAAUAAAACGUUUACUGAUCCCAGCUUUAACAAACAAUCGCAAUAGAAAAACAUUCUGAACUGUGCCCAACCAAGUUCACUGUGCCCAACCAAGUCCAUAUUUUCUCCUUCCUCUGACUCACUUGUCAAACACUUUUGUCCAGAAUCACUUACAUGGCAUGUGUGCAUAAUGCAAGGAGAGUUACGUACAAUUGCAGAAGGAGUCUUUAAGCUGUAAAACAAUGUUAUUUGUGACAUUUGCUUUGAGUGCUAUAUGGCUGCGUUUACACAGGCAGCCCAAUUCAGAUAUUUUUUCUACUUAUUGGUCUUUUGACCAAUCACAUCAGAUCAUUUCACAUCAGAUUUCUUGUGUCUUAAAUGUUGACACACUAGACACUCACUUACAUACACAUUAUUAACAUUGAAUUCCCUCAGGGACCCUUUCAUCCACAGUUUCUAGGUCUUUUAUGGAGCAUUAUUUUGGUAAUCAACAACAACCUCCCCAUCAAUUACUGAGUUUUCAUGGUAACCUCUGAAAGGGCUUCAGUUAGUCAUGUUGGAAUGACAACCUGGUUGGUAUUAUGGUCAAUGUUUUCUCUCACUGGUGACUUCCUCUAACAAUCAGGUCUAGCAUGGUACAGUACAGUUCCAAACAACACUUCAUGGAAGUCUGUGAUGUCUGUCUGUAUAGAAACAAGUGUCAUUAUCACCAAUCAUAUAAAAGUGCAUAGCCUGUAUACCUCAUCAAAGAGUCAAAGACACAGCAAUAACCCCAGAGCUCUCAGCAAGCCUUCCUGAGUUAGAGGGGAGCGCAGGGGUUGGAAUGGAGCCAAGAAGAGAUUAAAUGGACUUGACCAGUCAUUUUAUCUUCAACUGUAAAUAACUCAAAUCGAGAGAAUUAAGUCUUUGUUAAACUAUUUUUAUUGUAAUGAAAGAAAAUAAAGAAUGCGACUCCGCCCUCUCU